AUGUCUGAAGGGUAAAAAAAGACAAAGUAUACCGCUACAAGACGGCUGCUCUUGAAAUCCAAACUAUUGAAGAAGGCCCAGUCUAUGCUGGUGGCUGAAAAAGAGCAGAAUAAGAGAGAAAGAGAUGACGCUCUCAAUGAAAGAGUUCCUCCUAUCAAAACCUCUGGUCUGUCAGCAAAAGAGCUGCAGGAGCUUUGCAAGGAGCUUCACCACAAGAUUGAUGUCGUUGAUGAAGCCCGAUAUGACCUUGAGGUCAAAGUGGCUAAAAAUGAUUUAGAGAUCCAGUCUUUGACCCAGAAGGUUUGGGAAUUGAAGGGUUCAACGAAGAGAACCCAGCUGAAGAAGGUUAAGAAGUCGGCUGAUGCUAUGUUUGGUUCUUUGGCCGAAUCGAAAAUGCCAUCUAAGGCAGAUUUCAAGGCCAAACUCAAGACAGUAAAGAAAGAGGAAGAAAAGAAAGAAGAGGUAACUGACUGGCGUAAGAAUGUGGAGGCCAUGUCUGGAAUGGAGGGCAGGAAGAAGUUGUUUAAUGCUGGACAGUCAUAA